GAAUGGGGAGGAGUGAAUUUCUACUUUGAAAGAGGUAGUGAAAAAACUGUCAUUACUGUUUCAGGGAAGGAGAAGAUGGAUUCCACGUGGUACUCAGACUACCAAGUCUCUGCCACACCUGCUAACUACGGCGACUACUCCAGCGGCGUCCUGUGUGAGAACCAAGCUAACUUUGAAUUAACGACCAUGAGCCACACGGUCUUCUACUCCUUUGUGUUUGUCCUAAGCCUUGUUGGGAACAGCCUGGUGCUGUGGGUCCUGGUGAAAUAUGAGAGCCUCGAAUCCCUCACCAACACUUUCAUCCUUAACCUGUGUCUCUCCGACCUGCUUUUCUCUUGCCUGCUACCCUUCUGGAUCGUGGUCCAAUACUCCGGCUGGAUUUUUGGAGAGUUCUUCUGUAAGCUCUUUAACAUGAUUUUCCACAUCAGCCUGUACAGCAGCGUUAUUUUCCUGAUGGUGAUGACGGUCCACCGGUACCUGUCUGUGGUACAUCCCCUGUCCAGCCUAGGCAGCCACCCCUUUCGCAGCAGAGUCCGGAUCAUCUCUGCCAUCUGGGUGGCCAGCAUCAUGGCAUCUGUUCCCGAUACCAUUUUCCACACUGUGCUAGCCGACGUGUCUCCUCCCGUUUGGUCCUGCGAAUAUUCUGAGCUAAAGUGGUUUCUGCUGUCUGUUUAUGAGCACAACUUCGUCUUCCUCUUCUCCCUGGGGGUUAUUCUGUUCUGCUACGUUCAGAUCCUCAGGACCCUGUUUCGCUCGCACUCCAAGAGGCGGCACCGGACGGUCAGGCUUAUCUUCACCAUCGUGGGCUUUUACUUUCUCAGCUGGGCCCCCUACAAUGUGGUCCUGUUCCUGCAGACGCUGCUGAGGCUCCGGCUCUUCCAGAGCUGUGAGGUCAUCAAGCAGGUGGAAUACUCAGUACAAAUCUGCAGGGAGAUUGCCUUCUCCCACUGCUGCUUCAACCCCGUGCUCUAUGUGUUUGUGGGGAUCAAGUUCCGGGGGCACCUGAAGAUGCUUUGCCGCAAGUUCUGGCCGUGGAAAUGGAACGUUAGCCCUUCACCUCGCGCCUCAGGGGCCUUCCCUUACGACGAUGCCUCUUUCUACUGAAAAGCCUCUUCUAGGGAGAAGUAGGCCCCUAGCUUCCCCUUCCCCAGAAAAGGGGAGCAGAAAACUUACGGGACAGGACUGCUGGUGUUUUCAUCUCUGGGGAACGGGGGGAGGCUAAGGAGUUGGGGCGUGGGGGUGGAGAAAUAACAAAGUUAGAUGGAGUUUAUGUUUUGCUAAUAAUAUACCUUAUGUUGAGGCUAAGCAGAUUCCAAGUGGAGCAAAUUGAUCAUUAGGGUGAGAAUUAUUAUCAAGGAAAAUACCUCCUGGAGGCUAUAUUUAGGUGAUUUCUUUGGGGGGAAAUGGGGAGCAAUGGAAAAGGGGUGCAGCUUUCUUUUUCCACUGUUUGGGACCUAACUUGGAAGCUCUAUGUGCCAGUUGAUGUGUCUACAAGACUAGGAAGAUAGGCUAGUCAAUUUCAUGGCUAGCUGGCCACUUCAUGGCCAUCUCAUUACCAUCUCCUGAUCUCCUGGGGGCAGAGCCAAACUCAAGGGCAAAACAAAUUCAACUCCUACCAAUCAAGUCAAGAAAAUGGUAUUCAGAAAAUUAGCCUUGUCUAGGCUGGUGACUGCCUUGGGUAACUAGAAACAGAAUGUCUACCCCCAAUGAAAGGGUAUGGAAGGAAGAAGAUUUGGAAGCUAAGAGUAGGGGGAAUGAAGAAGAUUAAGAGGGAAAAGGCAAAAGGGUACCUAGGAGGACAGAAUAGUGGAGGUGAGAAUAGGAAGUGAAACCAGAGAAUGCAGAAAUAAAUCUGAAGCUUGGUCACCAGUUUAUCAACUAUAGUUUGAAUGGGGAAGAUUUGCUUUGGGAAAUAAGAAUCAUAACUCGCCUUUAUUGAUGCUUUAAGGUUUGCAAAAUGUCACAUAUGUGACAUAUAUGUAUCUGUAUUUUAUAUGUAGCUAUAGAUAUAUCCCUAGAUGUGCGUAUAAAGUCUGUACAUAAGCAUAUUCCAAGAGGAGCAAAUUGAUCCCUGAGCUGAAAAUAGGUAAUGCCUCCUGGAUGCUAUAUAUAGGUGAUUUCUUUUGGGGGGAAUGGAGAAUAGUAGGGACGUAAGCAAAUAAAAGGCUUAAUGAUUU